AUGUCUACACUUACGUUGGGCUCCUCGAAGCCUACCGAGAGCUCUCCGAAGCUGGAAUCAAAUGGCCCAGAGCUUCCUACAAGCUCUUCAAGGGCCACUGGAAGCUCUUCAAAACCGACUAAAAGCUCUCCAAAGCCAUCAAAAAGCACUUCCAAGCCCACCGCAAACCCCCAACCAACCGAACCCCCCUUCUCCUCGCUCCCCAACAGCAUCACAGAGCUCACCGAGAUCCUCACCAACCUCAGCCACCACCACCCCACGCCACCGACCAUCUCCGCCGUACCCCACACCGCACCUCCCGCUACCUCCACACCCGCACCCACACCCGCACCCAACCCCUACCACUUCCCCACCACCCUCGGCCCGCACCUCCACGAACAAACCUACAUCCUCUCCGCCCUCACCGCGCUCCUCCAGCUCCUGCACAACCAACGCUGGACGCCCACCACCGCCGCCACCAACCUCGCCUCCCUGCAGCGGAAGCGCAGCACCGUAUCAACACUCACGAUCCUGCCGCCGGAGCCAAAGGGCGGGGGCGAGAUGGCGACGCUGCAGUACGUGGCGCUGAAGGAGCAGAAGGAGAUGUGGGAGGCGAUGACGGUGGCGCAGCGGGAGUGUGAGUAUGAGGAGCUGUUGGAGAGGGUGGAUGCGGCGAGGGCGAGGGUGGAGGCGGGGGAAGGGGAGAGGGUGGGUGUGGGGGAGGAGGUGUUGAGAGAGUUUGAUGCGCAGUUUGAUGAGGCGGUGGAUGUGCUGGUGGAGAGGUGGGGGGUGUGGGCGACGAAGGGGCUGGGCGAUGAUAUGGUGAUGCCGUGUUUGUAUGGGGAGUUUAUGGACUGA